GGCAAUCCCUCCUUUUCGGGAAUUUCGACGUACGCUCUGCUACCUCAUUCUGCAUGUCUGGACGACGAAUCAGUCCAGUAUGACAUCGGCAUCGUGGGCAUCCCGUUUGAUGUGGGUGUAAGCUACAGACCCGGUGCCCGGUUCGGACCCAGUGCCAUUCGACAAGCUUCUCGUCAUCUGACUCUGGCUGGCGGUUUCAAUGUCCCCCAAAACAUCAAUCCUUUCAAAUUCUGGGGUAAUGCUAUAGAUUGUGGUGAUAUCCCAGUUAUCCCCUUCGACAAAAAGGUGGCAAUGGAGCAGAUCGAAGAAGGAUACACAAGUCUAUUGGAGCGAAAGCCCUCCACUAUUGCUACAAGCGAAACCAAUACCCAGAAAAAGGCUCGAACAGUGCCGCGGCUACUGACUCUUGGGGGCGAUCAUACCAUUCUUCUCCCCAUUUUGCGAAGCUUGAACAAGGUUUACGGUCCUGUUUCAGUUAUCCACUUCGACUCGCAUCUCGAUUCUUGGAACCCGACCGUCGGCGCACCCUCAAAAGAAGCCAUUGUUACCCACGGCAGCUUUUUCUACCUCGCGAGCAAAGAGGGUCUUCUUUCCAAUGACACCAAUAUCCAUGCAGGGCUCCGGACAACCUUAGGGAGCCUGGACGACUACGACGAUGACGAUAAGUGCGGCUUCUUUCGUAUCGAAGCCCGUGAGAUAGAUGUGCUCGGGGUUCAAGGUGUCAUUGAGAGGAUCAAGAGCCGAGUCGGCACUAAGCAUCCUACGUAUAUCUCCAUGGAUAUCGAUACCCUUGACCCUGCUUUUGCGCCUGCUACCGGCACGCCGGAGACCGGAGGGUGGACGACAAGGGAAAUGAGAGCUAUCCUCCGCGGGCUUUCCAAUCUAAACUUAGUGGGAGCAGACAUUGUUGAGCUGGCGCCUGCGUAUGACACGAAUGCCGAGGUCACGGCUCUUGCCGCAGCAGAUUUGAUCUAUGAAGUAAUGAGCAUCUUCGUGAGGAGAGGCCCAAUGAAUGUCCCAUCUGGCAAAUAG